UCUGACUUUUCCUCUUUUUAUCCACAAUUUCUUCAUUUGGACUUUGACUUCUCACUCCACCUCGAUAGUUGAUACUGUCACCUGAUUGGCCGAUGAGUGAUCACUUCCUGCUUGCUGGGUUACCGGAGCCUUUUGUUCAUGCAACCAACCUUGCUUUCUUCUGACAAAGAAUGAAAACAACCCCAUUUUUUUGGAUUGAUAUCGAUGACGUGUGUAUCGCGAUGCAUAUUGAUAUCCUUUCAUGGCCCAGCCCUACGUGUAUAUGUGUGUUUGUCGUAGGACACGGGCGGAAGGAACCAGAUGGUGGGAGGUAUUGAUCAUGACAGAAAUUCCCUUGUCCCGUCCGUGGAUGUGAGGAUCCGAGCGCCGCAACACGAACCCACGCUCAACGGCGCUCACUCUCGCAACGAGAGCACCGACAGCGGCCUGAGUGUCAGCAGCCUGACGCGCACCGCCGACCGCAUGCUGAGCUCCGUGGACCACAUGGACACUGGUGAACCUGGCGAGCCAUCCUCCCUGACCUUACAGGACACGUUGCCCGCCAUGACCCAGGGCGAGGAACUGAUGCCUUGCAUCCCCGAGGGUCUUAGUUCAGACCUCCUGAUGGACAUGGAGACGGUCCUGUCCGGGUCUCACAUGGACAGGGACAGCCUGCUCACCUGGCUAUAGACCCCACCCGCGCACAGACCCGCCUGCCCGGCUCGUCUUAGAGAACCCUUGUCGGGACUUCUAUGGAUUUUGAGACGCUAGACCCGGGAGACUCACCUGAAAUAACCCUGCCGCAGGUGGUAAGCUGCUAGAAUUCUCCUUUUUUUUUUUUCUUCCUGGGAGCUCCUUUUUGAAGCGUUUUCAGGACGUUCUUGUAAUCGUCACCCAGCAGGUGGCGCUGCUUCACUUUAAUGCACAUUUUCAUGUUAACUUAGAAACGCGAGCUACGUUCCACAUUUAAGGACAAAUUGAAGGUGGUCACAUGUUACCUAAAAACAGUAUUAUUACUGGAGUAUUACAAAGGUCAAAAACAAGUCCAGUGCCCAAAAAAAGCUAGCGUGUUUUCCCAAAUGUGCUCAAAUUGAAGUGAAGGUAAAAAAAAAAGCUUUAUUUUCUAUUGAUUGUAUGCAUUUUACCAAGAAAAAUAUGUUAAUUAUUGGGGAUUGCGGUGGUGUGGAAGUGUACUGCAUCGUACUUUUGACUGUUUUCAAGAGGGGUGCACGGAAAAAAAUCAGUUCGCAUCUGAAUCGCGAUUCUUAUUCAACCCGGUUCUAAAUCGAUUCAUAACUUUUUAUCAUUUUAAUUAUUUUUUUAAUAAAAAUCAAUUUUUAGGCCAUUUUCAAGCAACCAGAAUGAGCUUUUCUAUUAUUACACCCAGUAAAACAUUGCGAGAAUCGGUUCUAAUCGAGAAUCAAAAUCUGAAUGGAAUCAGAACCGGGUGGAAUGGUCAGGCGGCCAAAGAGUCACACCAAUACUUUCACUCUUGUCCGAAUGUUAGACACACUUGGACACGACUUCAAGGUCAAAUAAUACUUAUAUUUGUGAAGAAUUUGAUGGAAGUUGUGUUGUUUUGAUUGCAUUUUCUUAUUGUGCUUUUAUCGGUAACACAAGAACCCGAGACAAUGUUUUAUAUUCUUGCCGUGUUACAAAAAUCAAAUAUUACCGGGAUUUUUUUUUAAGCUUUUGAUUGGAAUUGAUUGACACUUAUGCAAUUUGUUUUGUACAACUGCCGCAAUGCACUGAGUUGUGUAACGUUAGCAAACCGCAACUUGUUCUUCCUCCGGCUAUUAAGUUGGCUUUUAGCUCGAUGGUCAGCACGCUCGCCUCUCGUGCCGGCGACCUGGGUUCAGAGCAGUAAGAGAAAAAAGGCAAUACAACCGAGAGAGAGAGUACACAGUCGCUGCAGUGGUGCCGUGACCCGGAUUGACUUCAAGUUUAAAGCCUGGGCUUUUAGCUCGUUAGUCAGCGCGCUCGCCUCUAGUGCCGGCGACCUGGGUUAAGAGCAGUAAGAAAAAAAACACAACACAGCCGAGAGAGAGGGGGAGUACACACGGACUGCAGUGGUGCCGUGACCCGGAUUGACUUCAAGUUUAAAGCCUGGGCUUUUAGCUCGUUAGUCAGCUUGCUCGCCUCUCAUGCCAGUGACCUGGGUUCAGAGCGGUAAGAAAAAAAACACAACACAGCCAAGAGAGAGAGGGGGAGUACACACGGACUGCAGUGGUACCGUGACCCGGAUUGACUUCGAGAGCAAGGCUGGCUAU